UUUUGACUUUGACCUAGCAACUCCACUGGAAAAUGCCUUGAAAACAUCGGAAAUUCGUUUGCCAGAUCCCAUUUUCACCAGUGAGAGUUGUGAAAUCUGUCCUCGACUCCUUCAUCGUCUUCUCUUUGUCUUUUGUGUGUGAGAGAGAGCGAGAGAGAGAGAGAAGAAGAUGGUGAACGGCAUAUUGGAGGUGCUGCUAGUGGAUGCCCGAGGCUUGGAGGGGACCGAUUUCUUGGCAGGUCGAAUGGAUCCGUAUGUGUUGAUUCAGUAUAAGAGCCAAGAACGCAAGAGCAGCGUCCGUCGAGGAGAAGGUAGCAACCCAGUCUGGAAUGAGAAAUUUACCAUCCGAGUGGAGUACCCUGUGGCAGAUGACCAGUGCAAGCUUUUCCUCAGAAUCAUGGACAAGGACACUUUCUCCGCCGACGACUUUGUUGGAGAAGCCACGAUCCACUUGAAGGAUCUAAUUGCAUUGGGCUUUGAAAAUGGAGGAGCUGAGUUACAUCCACGCAAGUAUAGUGUCGUCAAGACAGACCAAACUUACUGUGGAGAGAUUCGAGUUGGCUUCACUUUCACCCCAUUGGCGGAAAGGGAAAUGGACCUGAACGAAGAAGAGUUGGGAGGAUGGAGGCAAAGCUCUUUCUGAUACAACAAUAUUUUUUGAAUCAUAUACGAGGUCAAUGGGAUUUACAUUUUAUGAGAUUAAUGAAACAUGUCUAAUGGAAACUGAAGACCUCUUCUUUUCUUGCAUUCCUUAACCCCAUUAGAUGUAGUAUAUUUGUUAGAUUUGGUGAGAUAAUAUACAGUUUCUAAUUUAUGAUUUA